AUGAACCAACGUUCUCAGCAGAAAGUGGCGACGGUGAGGGUCGUCCAAUUUCCCGAGGGGUAUGAUGUAUAUUUAUCGCUCAAGUGGAAAGAGAUGCAGUUUUAUUUUCCAUAAUUCGUUUUUCUUCGCGGCGAAUACGACAGAAUGCUCAUUAUUUCCCCGACAGAGUAAAUAUAAAUGGGAGGUGUUUUAUAAAUUUCAGCGCGCUAGUCCAACCCAACCCCGCGGAUUUAGUCCAAAGUUAGAAGUUCACAAAAAAGCAGGGGAGGAGAAACGCAGAAAUUUUUACAAAGUGAGAAAUUGCGCAACGUUGUGUAAGAUUGCGCAACUUUUAACUUUGGACUAAAUCCGCAGGGUUCGGAUGGACUAGCGCGCUGAAAUUUAUAAAACACCUCCCAUAUAUAUUACUCUGUCGGGGAAAUAAUGAGAAUCCUGUCGUAUUCGCCGCGAAGAAAGACCUUUAUGUUUCCUCGCAAGCAGAAAUAAAAAUGAAAAACAUUCCAGUGGCGAAUCAAUGGAGCAACGUAUGCGUUAUCGACCUGUUACAGAAGCGUGGAUUGGUCACUCUCGGUCCUUGCAACUAGCGUUUUUGCGAAGAAACUUAUUUUUGACAGCCAGUGGAAACGUAUUCCUAGCCAAAAGGUUUGCUUUAUAUGUCUUUAACUCAUCCUUCUGCCGUAAAUCUCAAUAAAUUGUUUUUUUAGGAGUAUGAUUACAAGAUUCAGCGUCGAGGCGCUUGUGCUGGGGAAGGGAAACGUGCGCAUUACACCACUUACUUGGAGAUGAUUUCUGAAAAAGGAUUAUGUGAGGUGGUAACCAUGGCUCUCCAGGACGGUGUGACCUGUCGUCUUGAUGACAUUGGCACGACGGGGGAUUUUGUGAUGUAUGAUAAAAGGUGGAUCGGACACGCGGUAAGUUUCUUUUGGGGAAGAUCUUUUGAUCCUCAUUUAUAAACUUUGACCUCUAUUCCAAAAAGGUGGGCACGUUCAAAAUGUUCAAGCCCGGCUGGAAAAAGUCUGUUUUUGCGACUGCUGCAGGAGACUUGCAAAAAAGACUUUCUUGGACGGUUAAUAUGCAUAUAAUACGCGUCCUGCUCGUCCACCAAAUAGUUCCGUUGUUACUACAAUUGUUUCAGAAAAUGAGUUCAACAAGUGUUCGCGUUAGAAUCCCGGGAGGUCUGAACGACGAUUCUGCACCCACCGGCCCAAUCUUUGCAAUCGACGGAUCGUUUCGUACUGGAACAUCAAUUUUGCAGAUUAUGAGCGGCUCUCGUUACUUUUUUUUAAAUAUUAUCGAUGAUUGUACUACUGGCGUCCUGCUCGUCAACGAAAAGUCGCAGGAAGAAUUGGAUAAGCAACAGGUAGGCAACCAGCAAAUUCGCUUUAUCUAAAACCUUUAGGGAAAAAUAAUUUGCCACUUUAUUUAUGGAACCGGCGCUGGUCCAAAAGUUGCAACGGAAUUUGUCCCAAUCGGAAGUAGCUUGUUUUCCGUGUUACCAAGGUUGUCUGCGUUGUUUGGCGUUCCCAUUACCAUUCUUGGAUGCCGUCUUGUUCAUCUGGUUGAGGAUGGUAUGAUCGUCACAAAAUAUGGUGCUGACAAUGACGAGUUGAAGGAAUUUGCUGCGUAUCUCUUCGAAGAAAGAAGUUUUAAUUAA